AUGGCACGUCUAACGCUUGCUUCAUAUCUGACAUGUCUGAUCGUAGGGAAUAUAGUCCAGAAGACCCAUCUGCAACCACAGGCAUCCGUUUAUCAAGACAAAGAUUUUAUCUUAGUUGAUGUUGGAGAAAAUGUGAGUUUGCAAUGUUUCUAUGAAGGUGAUGAUUACGCAUUGAUCUUGUGGUAUAAGCAAACUCUGGGACAGAAACCGAGGCUAAUCUCUACGUUCUAUGUGUACGAUACAAAAAUCACUUUUUAUGAUGAAUUCCUGAACAACCCACGGUUCACACUGGAUACAGAAAACAGAAGAAAUAACUUGAACAUUUCAGAUUUGAAAAUCAACGACUCAGCUACUUACUACUGUGCAUGCAGCUAUAGAUUUGUGUUAACUUUUGCAGAGGGUACCAUUGUCAAAGUAAGGGAGGCAGGUUUGAAAAACACAGCUUUAGUCCAUCAGUCACCAUCUGAGACCAUCCAGCCAGGAGGCUCUGUGACUUUGAACUGCAUGGUACACGCUGGGACCUGUGAUGAAGAACACAGUGUUUACUGGUUCAAAGAAACUGAAGCAUCUCGUCCAGGACUGAUUUACACUUAUGGAGGCAAAAAUGAUCAUUGUGGGACGAAGACUAACCCACAAGCAGACGCCUGUGUCUACAACCUGCCAAUGAAGGAUCUGAACAUGUCUCAUGCUGGGACCUACUACUGUGCUGUUGAUUCAUGUGGACACAUAGUGUUUGGAAACGGGACCAAGCUGGACUUUGAAAAUAACAUGGACUCCUUUGUCUUGAAAGGAGCUGUUGCAUUCAUGACCGUUCUGACUAUAUCACUGGUUUCCACUUUGUGUGUGAUCAUCAAGAUAAGCUGCUGCUGCCCAGAGUGUCAUCCAAGCUUUUCAAAUUUCUCCAUAAAAGACAAAGAGGAGAGCAAGAGCAAGACUGGUGACUUCUGGAGUGAAUGUGUGUACUUUAGCUUCAAGCAGUAA